CGAACAGAAGACGUCCCGUUCGAUUGGAUCGGAUCGGAUCGGAUCGAAUCGAAUUGUCCACGGCACCGGAUCGCGAGGCCCUGCAAGGGUUCUGCCACGGAACAAAGCAAAGACACCAAGCGCACGGAAACAAAAACGCAGCGAUGGAGAACCUGGGGGGAUGGGACCACUCGGAGGACCACCCGGACUUUGAUCCGAACCUCCUGAACGUGGAGUCCUGGGGGGURGACAGCCACCCGGCCACCGACGACAAGCCCCGGUCGCACGCAAAGGCAAAGAGGAACGGGAGCUGGGGGGACCAGUGGUCCGGCCUCGCGGAGUUCGAYGACGCRGGCGGCCCGGAGGGCGUGGGKGUUGGCGUGAACGUGAACGWCGGCGUCGGGAGAAAGGAGGMAGGCGCCGCGCCGCCGUCCGGGGUCGUCGGGAUGGCCAGCGAGACGGUGGACGCCGCCGUCGAGGCGGCGGUAGCGGYCAUCUCGGAGACCUCCGGCUCGGUCCACUCGGGAGACUGCAACCGCCCGGGGGAAACCCCGGGGGGAGGCAGCGGGAACAGGAGCAGGAACGCCGUCCACAAGGCCACGGGGAGCGGCGGGGGCAGCGGCAACAACAAUGUCAAUGCCAACGUCAACGUCAACAACAAUGUCAAUGUAAAUGCCAACGUCAACGUCAACAACAAUGCCACCACCGCCAAUUCCACUGCCACCAGCAGCGAGGCCUUUUACGGGGUCGUCCACCCCGUCCAGCAACAGCAGCAGCAACAACAACAGCAACAACAACAACAACAGCAGCAGCUCCACCCCCUGGGGAUCCGGUCCUCGGCGAGCUGCCCGGCCCCUGCCCACGCGGGUGCCCCCGUGGUGGCCUCCCGGGCCAAGGGGGUUGCGGGCCCGGCCUUUCGGCAGGCCCAGGGGGACAACUCCCACCGGGGCCUCUGCAGCGAGGGCCUCAGCCAGGCCCUGGAGCGGUCCCUGGCCAGGGCCCCGGGGGAAGCCUCCAGGACCGCCUCGGCCACGCCCACCAUGGCCAACACGUCCCCGGCCCUGGCGGCUGCCGCCACUGCCGCUGCCACCGGCAGCCACCGCCGGCAUCUCUCCACCCUGGCCGCAAACUUUGCCCUCGCCCAGUCCACCGACUCGUCCGUGGCCGCGACCGCCGCCGCGGUGGCCAGGGCCGCGGCCGAGGUGGCGAGGAUGGGAGCGGCCCACUCCCGGGACCACAAGCCUCAACCACAACCCCAACCGCAGCAGCAACCGCAACCACCGCACAACCACCACGACGCCUCGGUGGUGACCCAGCCCAGCACCGUCUCGAGCAGCAACGUGGACACCAAGCGCCGGGGCCCGGCCGGAACCGGGCCGGGCCGCACCGGACCCCGGCAGGCUUCCUCCAAGGCCAAGAAAAAGGCCGCUCCGGCCCCGGCGGAGGCCAACACCGCCGCCAACGGAGCGGGGACCAACCCGGUCCUYCCCCCCUUUUACCUCUUCGACGCCCCCAUGGAGCUCCGGGCCAACUUUAUGCAGAACCAGCGCCGCCUCGGACUCCCCAUCCAGCACGACCCCAACUCCUUUCACUACGGGGAGAUCGUCAACGGCUUUCACCCCCACCAGUUCCAGACCGCSGCCCCCGGGACAAGCCCGCAACAACAGGGCCAGCCGCCGAACGGACACCUUCCCCCCCACCGCGGGCCGCCCCCCCAGCUCAUCGACGCCCGCCACGGGAACCACCGCAAGAGCAAGAACGGGCAGGUCAAGAACGAGCGGGAGCAGAAACGGGCCCAGAAGAUCACCGAGCUCAUCGAGCAGCUCCGCCUGCAGAUGGAGGAGGGGGGCUGGCAGGUCGAGGCCCGGAGCAAGUUCCACACGCUGUCCAAGUAAGUAGUGUAGUACCAGAAACCAAACAACAAAAAUGUGGGCGUGUGCGUGAUUGUGUGUGUAUGUGAUUGUGCGUGUGUGUCGGCCGGGGUGCUGUGGUGUAUGUGAUGUGAUGUGAUGUGAUGUGAUGUGAUGUGAUGUGAUGUGACGGUUUGCGUUUCCUUGGUUCGUUUCCCACAACACGGCAUGACAUGGUAUAGCAUGGUUGCUAGCCUUGCCUUGCCUUGCACCGGGAGCUGGCAGUGGAUCGCGCAGCUCAUCCGUUCUCGAUCCAAACUCACCUUCUUGCGCCUCACUUUUCUCUCGUCCGUUUGCCAAUUCCCCUGUUCCAGUUGUGCCCAGUACAUCAAGCACAUGAUCAAGCUCACGGCCGACAAGGAAACCGAGAACCAGAAGCUCAACUCGGAGGUGGACGAGAAACAGCGCAAGCUGCAGCGAGAAAAGGAGGAGAGCGCCAUGCAGGAGGGCCGCUCCGAUCCGGAGAGCACCACCUCCAGCCUCACCUCGGACACCACCAUGAGCACMGCCCGCCACAAGCAGGAAGAGGAAACGAGCGGGGAGAGCGGCGGGGACGACGCCGCCAAGAAGCGAAAACCACCCCCGGGCAACGGAAACCGGGAGGCGGCCUCGCUCGGGACGGACGAUUCCAACUCGAACAACAACAACGGAAGCGGCAUCCGCAGCACCAACAACAACGGGGGCAGCGGGAACAAGAAGCGCCGCACGGUGCCCAGCGAGGCCACCACCGAGGACUCCUCCGGCGACGACAACCGGGGGGGUGGCAGCGGUACCGGCAGUGGUACCGUUAGUGGAUCCGGCAGCGGRUCCGGCAGCGGAUCCGGGAACAGCCGGCCCAGUGCCCAGGGCUGCUCCGUCAGCAAGACCUUCUCGACCGUCUCGGAACUGACCGACAGCAACCGCGGCUCGUCGUCCAACAACAGCGGGAGCGGGGGAGGAAGCAGCGACGACAUUCCCACCGAGCAGGACAGCCGCGAAUCGGCCUCCGGGGAACGGGAAGAACGCGAGGACCAGCCCUCCAACAGCAGCAUCUCGAGCGACGCCGCCGUGGCCAGCGAAAAGACCAGCCGGGACCGCAACACGGGACACAAGGACGUCGUCUUCAACAACGACAAGCGGAUGAGCCGCAAGAGGCCCCCGGACGAGGUCACCUCCCUGGAGCGGAGCUUCGAGCUCAACUACGAAGAGGUCUUUGACAAAUCCAACAUWCCCCAGCUCAUCGCCAGCACCUCCGGCAAAAUCGUGACCUGGAACGAGUGCUUUGCCAAGGCCACCGGCUACCGCAAGUCCGAGAUCGAGCGCAUGACCAUUUUCAGCCUCGUCAAGCCCGAGAACCUGGCCAACUUUUUCGAGAUCGUGGCGGCCGCCCUGCGGACCGACGAGGGAGAAUCCACCGAAGAAACGACCGGGGAGGAGGACCGCGGAAGCGGUGCGGAAGAGCCGGGAGAGGUCCGAGAAGGCAUGGGCAGCGCCAGCGGCAAGGCCAACGACACGACCACCCGCAACACCGAGGAACAAGCCGUGGCUUCGGCGUCCGUAUCCGCCUCGGCUUCGUCCCACGACAGCCUCAGCGGACGGGACACCGUGAUCUGUAGCAACAACGACAAGAAAAAUCAGGGCAGCGCGGAACGCAACGAGGCGACUGYUGCCCCGGUGCAGACAGAGGGUGMCCUUUCCGCGCGGACGACGGAAACAGCGGACGGGGAGGRUGCCAUCACCGAGGAUUCUUCCACGGAGAAACCCACCGCGGCAGAGACAAGAAGGAGCMCCAACGCYAAGGAAARGGUUCCCSAGAGUUCCGCAACAGAGGACACCGGUUCCGAUUCCACGGAGUCGGCAGGAACYGGCAAGAGAAAGACYGAUACCGACUCGGAUUCCGAAAAAUCCAGGGGAGAAUCCAGCGGAAAGUCUUCGGAACGGUCCAGCGAGACCAGCACGGACGACAACGCUUCGCGCUCCAAUCCGGGAAGCGGCGACGCUUCGGACAAAGCCGGGAAUUCGAGUGCCGAGAGCCAGUCCGACGACGCCGGCUCCGGAACCUYCCGGUCGGGAAGCAGCGGGGCUUCCUCCGGAGCAAAAGGAUCGGAACCGCCGGCCGCAAGAACGACGCCGAGCGCGACCAUUGUCACCGACACGAACGAGAAGGGCGGAGGGAAAACGGGAGGGGGGAAACACGCACGAAAGGAUGCGGUACCGGUGCCGAUGCGGCGGUUGCUGAAYUUUACGGCCAUGACCCUGCCCUGCAUCGACUACCCCGCWAUCAAAAAGUGGAACAAGGUGGCUGCCGAGACCAAUUCACCAACCAUUCCACCUUUGCACGUUACCGUAAGUUUAUUGGAUUUGUUCUUUUGUGUCUCUAGUCCGUUCGUGCGACCCUCUGGUUUCCAAGGCACUCCUUGCUGACACGUGCCGAUCUUUUCUUGUUUUGCAGGUGACCCUGAUGUCGGACAAGGACCCCAAACGGCGAUGUUUUCACUGCGUGUUUACAAACUCCAAGGGAACCAACGGGUCUCUGGGAAUCAUCACCCCCGAGCUCCUGGCCUCUCUGUUUGCAAAGCCCCUACGCAACAGYCGGCGAAAGAAGAGGUACUAUUCCUCCCACGAGGGCCAUUCACACCAGCGCAACAAGAGGGCCUGCAUCGGAACGACGCGGGUGGGGCAAUCCGUCUCCACCGCAAACAACAACAACAACGACGACGACGACAUCAACAACCACGACGACAUGGAGAAGCACCGCGUCCAGCAGGUAUCCACAAACGAGCAGCACCACGUGACUCCUUCCCCGCUGCUCAACCCCGAAACGGCCAAUCCAAAGCCGGUCGAAGAAAAACCGAUCAAGAAGGAGGAGGAGGACCAGAAUUCGACGAUAGAGGUUGCCUGAUGGACCGGAGGACGCAUUUCGUUCAAUUUAGGGAACAAUCACGGUGAACGAGUCUCGACAACCGGAUUGAUUCCACACA